UAACCAGUCACCACCAAAACUCACAAGCCUGCCUGCCUACCUACCUGAUUGUAUACAUACUGGCAUACAUCAUCCUUACGCCCUUCUUCCAAACUCGAUGAUGGUCACCUGGAUGAGAUAGACAGGAGAGAUCGAGAGAUCAGGAGGGACUGAAACUGAUCUAUUAUGGUUUAAUUUAAUCCUCCGGCCAGGUGUAUGCAUGCAUGGAACCAGCAGCCGUCGAUUCCCCAGUUCCCGGCGGAGGCCGCGACAACGAAGACGACGCUCCUGAUCCACCUCAACCUCCUCCUCCUCCUCAGCAGCAGCAGCAGCAAAAGCCUAGUCGAUACGAGUCGCAGAAGCGGCGCGACUGGAACACCUUCCUCCAGUUCCUUUCGAAUCACUACAAGCCAGCUCUACCCCUGGCGCUGUGCGGCGGCCCUCACGUGGUGGAGUUCCUCAAGUACCUGGACCAGUUCGGGAAGACGAAGGUGCACGUGGCGGGGUGCUCCCACUUCGGACUCCCCCGGCCGCCGGGCCCCUGCGGCUGCCCCACCCGCCAGGCCUGGGGCUCCCUCGACGCCCUCAUCGGCCGCCUCCGCGCCGCAUACGACGAGAACGCAUCGCCAACAGCCGGAGGCCCCAAUCCCUUCGGUGCCCGGGCGGUCAAGGCGCACCUCCGGGAGGUGAGGGAGAGCCAGGCCAAGGCCCGCGGCGUCGCCUACGACAAGAAGAAGAGGAAGAGGCGCCACCAACUGCUGCUGCCACCCUCCGGCGAGGGGAGUUCCUCAGCUGCUAUUAGUGCUGCAACGGCUGUAACUGUGGCAGUUGCUGGCUCUAGUACUACUGCUGCUGCAACUGAUCAAGGUGGAAGUUUAGGGAUUAGGGAUCCAGGCCAUGCAGAUGAGACAGGGAAUUUAACGUCCGAUUCAUGAGGACGUGAUUGAUUAUACUUCGAUUCCCUUCGAUUGCUUGUUACUAAUCCUCUUUGGUUCUUCAUGAUCAGCUGGUAAAUUAAUUGUAAAUAAUAUUAUUACAAAUUGCAAUUAAGCAUCCAUGCCUGUUCAUGACAA